ACAAUAAUGAAUUCCAUUCCAUCCAUCUCCUCCCAAUGACAUGCAGCUCCAAUUCCAAUGGCCGCCGCCGCAGCGCACGCCCUGCUCUGGCGACGCCACCGGUGGACGGCCCUGCGCUCCCUGCUCCUGGUGGCUCUGCUCCACCGCCUCCACUGCCUGGCCUUCCUCGCCGCCUCGUCCCCCGUGUGGCUGCUCGCCGCCUUCCUCCUCGGCGUCGUCCUCGUCCACAGCGAGCCCAACCCCAACGUGCCGCCGCUCAUGCUCGCGGCAGCAGCAUCAUCAGCGGAUGAUCAGGACCGGCGCCACCUCUACAAGAGAUCGAGAUCCGCAACCGGAGGCGGCGGCGGCGGCGGCAGCUCCUCCGACGACAGCUCGGGCGGCGGGUCCUCGGUCACCAGCAUGGACAUGGAGGAGGACGAGCAGCAUCUCCAUCUCGUGAAAGAGGAGGUCGUCAAGGCCGCCGCCGUGGCCUGGACGGCGGACGACGAGCGCAGCAUCCAGAGCAUCGGCUCGCUGGAGCUGGAGAGGGACGCCAGGCUGGAGAAGCUCAUGUCCAGGCGCAGCAGCAGCAUCAUCCACCGGAACCUCAUCGACCUCGACAUCCACAUCCCCAAGAACGUUAACCCCCCUGCAGCCUUGGGCUUGGACGACCCCGGGCCCGGCUCGGCCCCCUCGGCCCUGCUCGGCCAGCACAGCAGCAACCCCUUCGAUUUCCAUGCCCACCACCCGCCGGAAACAAUGAUGAGACGGCACGAGAGCUUCACGGCCGCCGGCGCCGCCCGGCCAUCGCGCUUCAGGCCUUACUUUGUGCCGGCGGGUGGAGGCGGGGACGCCGGCGGCAGCGACAACUCCAACUCCUCCUCGAGCCCGUCGUCCUCGGCGGCCAGCAGCAGCGACCAGCAACAAGCUGCAGCCGCGAUCAAAGUAGAAGAAGCAGCAUCGCCGCCCAAGAACGGGAUGGUGGUGGCGGUGGACGUGGAGCUCAUCAGUGACUCCUCUGACGACGACAUGUCGCUGCCGGGCGAUGAAGAUGAUGCCGCCGGCAGCCGCCUGAACAACGACAACCCCCGUCCCCGACCCCGUGAUGAGGACGACGACGAGGACGACUCAUUCGAAGUGGAGAGCAUCACGCAGCAAGUGGCUGCAGGCGAGCGGCAGCAGCUGCCCCGUCAUGUCAACGUGGUGCCAGGGCAGGAAGAGGAGGACGCGAGCAUCAGCGUCAGCACCUGCAGCAAGGAGUGGGUGGCGCCCACAACGCUGGCGUCGCCGGCGGCGGUGGAGGAGAGCGAGAAGACGAGGGAGAUCAGGGAGCACCACAUCAUGGGCCCUGUUCCGGUCACCGACGACAACAACGCCACGGCCACGGCCACGGCAGCAGCAGCAGUGGUCGCAGCCGCAGCGCCACCACCGGCAGCAGCAGCAGCGCCGCCACCGGCAGCAGCAGAGGCAGUGCCGCCACCGGCACCAGCAGCAGCGGCGGCGCCAGCGCCAUCACGGGCACCAUCAGCAAAGCCCAGCAGCAAGUCCAAGGCGGCCUCCAAGAAGGCUGUCUUCGGCUUCUUCCGAAAAUAA